AUGGAGUUUGGAAGACUUCUUGAAGCCUUGGUGGAAAAUGCCAGGGUCUAUAUGCUCACUGGAGAGGCUGAGCAUUGGUGGGCCAGUAUGAGGUUGGCAAAGGAGGUGGAGUUCCUCCAACUGACACAGGGGAACAAGUCAGUGGUUGAGUACGCCGAGAAGUUCAAACAUCUGGGGCAUUUCUACACCAUGCCGCUCGAUGAGGAGUGGCAUUGCAGAAAGUUUGAGAAUGGUCUCAGAGGAGACAUUCGCUUGAUGGUGGCCCCGCUGUCCAUCAAGGACUUUGCAGCCUUGGUGGAAAAUGCCAGGGUCAUGGAGCGUAUGAAGGAUCCAGUGCCAUCACUGCGGAGGACCGCACGUGAUGAGUUUUUCCCCGCAACUAUCGAGUUUCCGCAGGUGCAACCAUUGUGGCAGGGAGGGCGACUUUGGCAGAGAUUUUCCCACUCUGAGGAGGACAGUGUCACGACCUUCACCACAGACUCCGAGCCAAACUUCGGGCUAGACUCAACAGAGGAGGGGAGGAAGCAAGCCUCAGGCUACAGGCAGGGUCUAUGCGAUGACUGGGUCGGAGGCAGCAUGUUCAGAGUCUUAUGUGCGGGACUUGGGUCUGCCGGUGUUGAGCUAGUGUUUGACCUCGUAGUAUCUACCCCGACAUCUGGGUUGGUUAGGACUUCUUCGGUGUGUGCUAGAUGUCCAGUUGAGGAGAAGAAGAUGUUGUUCUCCAACUUAGAGGAGCCUGAGUUGUUGUCUUCUCAUGGGGUUAUGAAGAAAAUCCGGGACGGCGCACAGUGCUAUAUGGUCUUUACCAGGAUGGAUGUUGAGAAGGAGGAAAGGAUAGCGGUGAUACCAGUGGUUAGGGAAUUUGAGGAUGUGUUCCCCGAAGAGGUACCAGGUUUGCCCCCGAGGAGAGAAGUUGAGUUCUCCAUAGACUUGGUACCGAGAGCUGGCCCUGUGUCAAUAGCUCCUUACCGCAUGGCCCCAGUGGAGUUGGUAGAGUUAAAGAAGCAGAUAGAGGGAUUGCUUGAGAAACAGCUUAUACGGCCGAGUGCUUCGCCGUGGGGAGCGCCUGUCUUAUUGGUAAAGAAGAAAGAUGGCGGCUCGAGGUUGUGUGUGGAUUAUAGGCAGCUGAACAAGUUGACUAUCAAAAAUAAGUACCCGUUGCCAAGAAUAUAUGAUUUGAUGGAUCAACUACAUGGGGCGUCAGUGUUCUCCAAGAUUGAUCUCCGGUCAGGUUAUCAUCAGAUUCUGGUGAAGGCAGAAGAUGUAGAGAAGACUGCUUUUCGAUCCAGAUAUGGGCACUACGAGUAUGUUGUCAUGCCAUUCGGUGUGACUAAUGCCCUGACUUUGUUCAUGGACUACAUGAACUGGAUCUUCCGCCCGUUUCUAGUUAAGUUUGUCGUGGUCUUUAUAGACGACAUACUCAUCUACUCCAAGACGCAUGAGGAACAUGCCGAGCUUUUGAGGAUAGUGCUUGGUAUCUUGAGGGAGCAAUUGUUUGCCAAGUUGUCAAAGUGUGACUUUUGGAUGAGAGAAGUGCAGUUCUUGGGGCACGUGAUAUCAUCUCAGGGUAUAGUUGUGGAUCCAACUAAGGUGGAGGUCGUGAUACAGUUGUAG